AUUUGUUUUGUUUACGAAAAGCAAUACAUCAAAAAUCGUUUUUUUCAUAAACCAAGUUAGUAAAGAUUUUCUCAUACACCAGCUUUAUUUAUUAGUUUGAAGUCCGUGUGAAACUAGUCAUGUCUAUGAUACCUUUCUUUCCAUCGUUGCGACCACAAAUAGCUAAUCGCAUUUGGUUUGAAAUUAAUACCCCACCCAGCGAAGAUGAUGUUUUGCGUUAUGAACGGGAUCAUGAUAAUUGGAAAGAAUCUAUAAAAAAUGCGGCAAGCGAUAUUCCGCCUCUGGGUAAAGUUUUAACCAGACCUGGACCAGAAACUGAUGACGAAGAUGCUAAUGAUGAUAGCGAUGAUUCAGAUACACACGAUGAUGAUGAUGAUACAAAUGACAGGGCUAUUCCUGGUCAGCCAGAGCAUUCUGCACUUUAUUCGCCGGGUGAUGAUGCUAAUCCAAUUAAUGAAGAUGUGCCAACAACAGUCGACACUUUAUAAGUCGGCUUUUCCUUUGUGGCUGUUUAGUUUUUUUAUGAAUAAUAAUAACUUAAUUUUGCAAUUACAAAAAGGGUUUAUAUUGUAUCGACCACUCAAAACGAAAUAGAACUUGGAAACCGAAAAAUGCCA